ACAAACUGCUAGGAAAAUCCUCUGUUAAGAAAGUCUCAUGAGAUACGGAGAGAAAAAACUAUUUAUUGGACUAACCACUCUAGGUGAUUUAAGAAAAUAAGUCGAUUAGAAAUAUGUUUGUAAUUGUAUGAAACUGGACACUUGAAAUGUUACUUGUAUGACUCUUGGAUGUUUCUCCACCCUUCACGUUCUCAGCCCAUAACAAAACGUCGCCAAAUUCCUUUAGUUUUCGCGGUGUGUAUUGAGAAAGGUUCAUGGGACAAACUACUGGAUCGAUUAAGUCAGGGAACCCCGUAAACUCUAAAUAAUAAAGACAUUUAAACAACGCGUAGUUAACAAAAAUAACUUUAGAAAGGAGAAAGAAACCGAUGAAACUUGUCUCAAAUGAUGAAGAGAGAGAAAAGGAGACCGAAGACACGAGAGGGCGCGUAACGGGACAGCACGGGAAAAGAUUUGCUGUAAACUCCAGGAAAACUAUGGGAACUUGUGAUUAUUGAUUUGACUACAAAAGUAAACACGUUUCUCAAAAACGAUAUAGUAAAAGGGGCUUGAGGAUGGAUGGAGAGAAGGAGAAAGAGCGAGAGAGAGGAGAUGAAAAAGAGUGUGAUGAGACAGAAGAGGAUGCAGAGGGGGCAACCUUGGUUUGGCAAGAGGGAUACCCUGAAGAUGACCUAGGCUUACCCAUAAUGCACUGGGAGGAUCUAACCCUUCGUAUUGCUGAACUUGAGAAGCAGCAAGAGGAGCGAAGGCAGAAGGAAAAGGAUUUAGACAGUCUGGAAUGGCCAGGAAUCAGGGGGCUAAACAGUCACAGAGAAACCUAUGACAUGGACGAUGAAUGCAACAGUCGCCUGUCUGCUCUUACGUCAAGGCUUCACAGCCAGACAAAUCUACAGCUUUGCUUCAUCAACAACAGUGAAAGUGAGGAGGAAGAAGAGGAAAUGGAGGCAAAAAAAGAGGUGGCAAAACAAUCCAGUAAGAGUGGAAACAAGCAGAGGCCCGAAAGGCAGCAAGGUUCAAGCUCAGCAUCGACUAAGAAAGCCAAAUCAGGAGGAUUCAAGAAUGAUGUCAGAGCUGCACUAAGUGUGCUCAGACACAAGUUGAGAUUGGAGCAAAAGCAGACCAUACCUCCCAGUGAGGCUGUCCGAAACAGGAAGCGCUAUGAGCGAAAUGAAUUGAAGAACUUAAGCGGAAAGGAGUUAAAAGCAUUAAGGACCUCACUAAGCAAAGACAUUCACGACCUCAGUUCAGAGCUGGUGGCUCGACUUCUCACAAGGGACCAGCUGAGGACGGAGCAGGAUGCCCUGCUGCUGGAGGUACAAGAUAUGACAGCAUUCUGAUGUACAAUCAGAAGAAGUAUUUCCUUUAAGGAACAAAAAACCAGGACAUUUGUUUACAAGACCUGCAAUCUCUUCCUGUACUAAAUGACUGUGAAAAUCUACAAUACUUUAUCAUCACUACAAAAGAUCAGGUGAUGUUACUGGUGGAACCUAUAUCCAAAAAUGUCAAUUCAGUCACUUUUUAUCACCUUAUAUUUGAUUGUUUCCAUUUAACAGAUGUAAUUGAAUGAACAAAAGUUUACAUUGUACAGUUUUUCAGUCAAACAGAUAUAACAAUUUAUAAAAAAAACAGUAUACAUCAUUCCAUGCUACUUAGCUAAACAAUACAUUACUCAGUUUUUUGAGUGGCAAAUUAUAUAUCAUAAAUACAGGUCAUUUUUUUUAAUAAUAUCUAGCCAAGUAUGUGUGUGUAUCAACUCAGCAACUGGAUUGAUAAUGUUUGUUAAAUACAUAAAAACAUUUUUGUGGAAUUAAAGGGAUUUUAAUAAGAA